AUGGCACGGUGCGAGAGCCAAUUUUAUACAAUAAGCCCUUCCCGCUUUCGACAUGGCCAACGAACAGACAUUGAGUCAAAGCGUACCUACAGCCUUGCUAGCUCGACAACGUCGCUGAGCAGCCAACCAACCAAGCUAUCGCCCUUCUUAAGGCUACCGACAGAGGUCCGGCUCGAAAUCUACAAAUGGGCGUUAUCCGUCCUUCAUGACGAGAUGGGCAGGCCUUUGAUUGUAGUCGGCGACUCUAGCAAUUCCUCCACUCGACCUCGGUUUCACAGCAUGUCCAUUUGCUCCAGCUGGACCGGUGAGGACGGCACAGCACGGAAACUCCUCGCCGUCAAUCAUCAGAUCCAUGACGAAGCAGAAGACUUCCUGUAUUCACAAAACACGCUCUUCUUCCGAAAUUCCUUCAAUCUGGAUCGUCUGGGCGAGUUCCUCGAUACUCUGAGCAAUUCUGCACGCAGUCAUAUCCGCAGUGUCGGUUUCGAGGUUUUCAUUUUUGUGCACGCCGAGUCGGGGGUGCCCAAGCGCACUUUCAAACAGUACGAAAAAGCUGGGAUUUUGCUUCGUGCGAGAUUGCCCCAGUGGGAAAAGGUUCUCUUCGACAUCGACCCCUACUUCUACUACCCACCUAACUCAGUAGGUGGACGAGAUUCAGCGACUCGAGGUGUUGUGGAUCUAGCCGCGCGAUUCAGAGCCUUGUGCAAGGAGGUCGUUUUCACUGCCUGA